CCGAAGAGGAAGGGCCUUGCCCGAGGGUAAGGACCCAAGUUGGGGCCGGGCCAUCUAAAGGCAAGGAAAGCGCGACGGAGGGUGGAGGGAGAAGGAGCGGCGACGGAGGGUGGAGGGAGAAGGAGCGACGACGACGACCAACCGAUGGUCGACGCCAAAGGCACGGAAGAGAGGAAGAGGGAAGAACCUACGCCACCUAAAUCACCUAGGAAAAAGGGAGCGAAAAAGUUUGAAAUGAAAUGCACCUUGGACGAGAUAGACACGGUAGCUCCCCUACGCAAGACCCUAAUGCAGCCUAUGCAAUGCACCCUUCUGGAGUACUUAGCAGCCAGCAAGAGCGCUAGAGAUGAACUCCUAAGCAUCACAAGGAAAGUGAGAAUCCCGCUCGCUGGAGGGCCCACGGUUCCUGGGGAUGGGCUAGCCAAAGAAGAGGUGCAGUCCUCCCGGAUCACUAUGGAGGAACUGUCGGCGAUUUUUUUCUCGGAAGAAGAGGCCAAAAGGUUAUAUGUAUUAGGGAGCGGCCAGCUCCAAGCAGUGGUGAGUGGAAAGAAGAUGAGGGCUCUGGUGGAUAACGGGUCCGAAUCCACGGUGUGUAGAGACUCCAUUGCAAGGGAGUUAGGUUUGGAAGUGGAUAGAGGGGUGUCCAUGUUGAUGGUAGUUGCGGAUAACAAGCUGCAGCCGACAGAGGGGGUAUGCCAUAGCCCCAUGAUCGAGGUCGUCGGCGUAGAAGCCACGGUCCCAAUAUUCUCGGUAAAGGAGUCGCCGACGGACUGUCCCGACUCCCGAUCCGAGAGGAGGAUUAUCCGAGGUUGGAAGAAGCAAGCAGCGAUGUCCAAGGAGGAGGUGAUCCAAGUGACUGCUAACAAGGCGCAAGUGGGGGUGACCAUCAGGGAGGAAGAUAGGAACCCUGGGGCGUUCCUCGCUAACCUUUACGACGGGAAGUACCGCAACAUAGGGCUAUACCUAGCAGGCAGGGGGGAAGGCACCGAGGUGAUUAAGAGGGAAGCGCUCGGGUAUUGCCUACGAGGGGGGCACCUCUUUAAGAGGCCUACCAAGUUUGCAAUUCCCAUGAGGGUGCUUUGCGAUCCGGAGGAAAGGAAGGCAGUCAUAGAAGAGUUGCACGACGGAGUCGUCGGAGGGCAUAGGGGGGUAAAAGGGACUUUUGAUAAGGUCCGCAGACUCUAUUGGUGGGAUGGGCAGUACGGAGAAGGAGAGAAGUAUUGUUCGACCUGUGAGGUCUGCCAAAAGAGGGCGACAGUUCGCUACAAGGAACCCCUAGUUCCAUCGCUCCCCACCGUGCCGGGCGAGAAGGUCCACAUUGACCUAAUUACCAUGCCAAAAGAGGUCGGAGGGCUUCGGUACAUCAUUAACCCCCGCGACGACCUCACAGGGUUUGUGGAAGCUAAGGCCAUUAAGAAGAAGACGGCCGAGGAGGUGAGUGACUUUCUCUUAGAAUACAUCGCGAGAUACAGAGGGCAAGGCGAGGAUGGAGGGACCUGGCCGCACGGCGGGACAUGUGCAUUCGAGAAAAAGGCUGGCGAUAGAAUGGCUCGUGCAGGUGAAUGGGAUCAAGAGAAGGCUAUGCGUGGUGCGCAGGGAUUGGCUGAACUGGGGGAAAGGAGGAUCGAGAAGGGGAGGGGAAGCGACCGUGGAAGAAAGGUCUGGCGAAGAAUUGAUGGCGACGAUGCUGGCCUUGAUGGAGGAGCAAAAGGCCAAGCAGAAGCAAAUGGAGGAGGAACUUCAAAAGUGAGAAAAGGAAGAGGAGGAGAAAUUGGCGGCGAUAGAGUCAAAAACAGAAGAAGAAGAAGUAGAGAUACCACUGGAAAGGAGACAAGAACGGAAGAGGGAGGGGAAUCCUGUGGGGCGCGAGAGGCAAAAGCCAAGAUGGAGGCGGAAGCUAAGAUGGAGAGAAUGGUGAACGAGUGGGUAGCUAACUUGGCCUUGGGGGAGGAGGAUGAAGCAUUGUUGUUUGUCCCUCAGGCAAAGCGAGAACAAUUUGCUAGGGAAUUGGAGGGUGAAGAGAAUCCCAUGAAGCGGCAGGUGAUGGAGGAGGAGAAAAAGUUAGAGUGGGAACUCCGCCUUGCGUGCGAGAGGAAGAGAUUGGAGGCGGCCGAGAAAAUGGAAGAGGAUUUGAGGGCCGCCGAAGUAGAACAUGGGAAGUUGGCAGCACAAAUUGAUCUCCAAAGGAAGCUGGAGAUCUUAUCACAGAGUGUAGAGGUGAUGCUGAAGGCGCAGCAAGAACAGUUGCGCUAUUUAAAGGACCACGAUAUCACGCUGCAAUCCAUGCGCACUGGUGUCAUGGAUGAAUUGGUCGCCGUCCCUGACCAUGGGGUAAUUGAAACCCAGUUGGUCAACUUGUUCUAUCGUGCCAUGCCCGAACCGUUGCGCGGGCACUUCUUUGAGAAGAGUAGGGAGUCUGCCAUGACCUACGAUACUUGGAGUAGGGAGGUGGUAGCAUUUGAAGCGCGGUCCAUGCCAAUUUCCACUUUUUGGCAUAAGGACCUUGAUAAGGGCAAGAAGUGGAAAGGCCGCACCAUCUCGGGUCAGGUUAAGGGCAAGGAUCACCUGAUCCUUACGCUAGAUGAGGGAGGCAUGGAAGAGGGUCCAUAUGAUCAGAUAGAGUGGGGCAUGGAGGAAGAGGAUAGUGGUGUUAGUCAGGGGAGGACUUACGCCACUGUCGCGGCUGGAGGGAAGCGGCAAGGAAGAGGAGGUCGAGGCCAAGGGGGCCAGGCUUUCGGUGGUCGAGGACAGGGCGAUCAGGGGGUUGGCGGCAAAGGAAACCGCCAAGCGGGAGAUAGAAGGUUAGGAGGAGGAGAAGAAGAAGAAGAAGAACUGAGAGGGGCAGAGGAGAAGGUGGAGAUGGAGAGGUGGGGCGGAGGAAGAUCCCCCAACCCGGAUCCAGUGCUCAGGCACCAACCUGCAGGUGCAAGGUGUCGCCUUGGAGCCGCUGAAGACUUGCCCUUGCUGCUGGAGCUAUGGCGCUCUCAGUUAAAGAAGCACUUAGAUGAGCGGCGGAGACUGAAAGAGCAUGCUGACAAUGAGCUUCAGAGGUUAAAAGAGCAUGCUGAAGAAGAAGGGCGGAGAUUGAAAGAGCAUGCUGAUGGUCUUGCAUCAAAGCUUUCAGAGAGCGAGAAACAGCUUGGCUGUAGGAAUGCAGAAAUCAGUAAUCUUCGAAAUGAGGUGAACCUUCUCAGGGAGGAGAUGAGAUUCCAGAAUGGGAAGGUACUCCAGCUCAGCUCAKCAGUUGAGCAGCUGCGAUACACUAACAUGGAACUUCAGCGUGUUGUCCAAGAGAAAGAUGCAGAUAUCUCAUCGUUGAUGGAGAAGGUCCAACUUCUAAGUGAUGAUGCAGGGAAGCUUCGUUAUGAUCUAUUGAAGUUGUCAGAGGAGAAAGAGAGUCUCACAAACGAAGUGAAAGGAAAACAGAGUCUUGUCGAUUGGCUGUCGGCUGAGGUAAAGAAGGUGAGAGAACAGGCAGAGGAAAUGGAACUCCAGCUGUGGGAACGGGAUGGCCAAUUGAGUAUUCUGCGUGGCUCUCUGCAGGACGAGAAUGACAUGGACUACGCCUAGUGUGGCCUUCAACAUCCAUCAAAGUGCUUUUUCGGAAGUUUUUCCACACUUGGGUUAUGUUGCACAGUUCCAGACUCGGGAAAUGUCUUGCGGUUCCGAACUUGGGACGUUGCACAGUUGCAGACUUGGAACAUGUUGCACAGUCUCCGACUUGGUACGUUGCACAGCUCCAGACAUGGGACAUGUUGUUGUGUUCCAGAUUUGGGACAUAUGCUGCAAUUCCAGACUGAAGACAUGUUGCGCAGUUCCAGACUUGGGACAUGUUGAGUUCCAGACCUGGGACACGUUGCACAGCUCCAGACAUGAGACAUGUUGUUCAGCUCCUGACUUGGGGCACAAUGUGCGGCUCCAGACUUGCAACAUGUUGUGUGGUUCCAGACUUGGGGCAUGCUGUGCAGUUCAAGAUAUGGGACAUGUUGCACAGCUCCAGUCUUCGGACAUGUUGUGCAGUUCCCGACUCGGGACAUGUUGCACAGCUCCAGAUUUGGGACAUGUUGCUCAGCUCCAGACUUGGGACAUGUUGCACAGCUCCAGACUUGGGAGAUCAUGUGAUGUUCCAGACUUGGGAGAUGUUGCACAAACUUGGGAAUGGAAAAAUAUCCAUUCUUUACAACUGGCAGGUCAAGCAUUUUCUAYGAAGUUCUUUGUGGCGUGUGCUGUAUAGACUGUGCCUAGAUUGACCCAACUUCAGCCAAGUGAUUGUAGAGGACCGUGUUCACUGUCGUGGAGGUUAACACGAGAUUCAUUCCAUCCACUGCAUCCAGUUUAAAAAAGGAAGGAGAGAAAGAGAGAGGGAAGGAGGGGGGAAGCAUUUGGAAUGGAGCACACUUCGCAGGGAAUGACAUGAAAUGCUCAUCAYUAGGAUGAUAUUUUUUGGGGGGAGAUUGUGACAYAGUCCAUUGUAUAAUCUGCUGGAGAUUACGUGGAAAGUUUCAGGGAGGUGGGGGAUUCAAGGUUCCUUCGUGGCCAGCCAUUCUCCACCAGUCCACAGGCUGGGCAAGGUUUUCAUCAUUCCCCGCAGUGUUAUUAUAAACAUAAAGCAAUGAGAGAGGGGGCUGAUGUUCUCUCCCCAGGACGACGUGCAAGGUUUCAGGUAGGAAGGGAGCGUGAGGGUCCUUCCUGGUCUGAUGAUCUUCUCUCUCAAGGGCUACGUGCAAGGUCUCAGCGAGCAGAGGAAUUCAGGUUUCUUUCCUGGUCAGCCAUUCUCGUCAGGCGAUGGUCUUCCCCCAAUCRCGAUGCAACCUCAUCAUGAAUGUAUACAAAGCCAUCGUGCCAGUCUCAUGCAGUGAUGACUCGUGAUGAGGGUGCGUUAUGAUCAGUGGAAGACACUAGGUGAGGUUUUCAUAAUCCCCCGCAGCAAGUGACGGAGUGGGCUGAUAUUAUGUCUCCUCUCCAGAGUCACUCUUGAAUAAGCCAUUGCCUUGGCCACUCUACAAUCACAGAGCAGAACUCCCGUGGCGUUCCGGUGUAUGACCACCAGCACUUGCUGUUUGGGACAGCAGCCGGUCUCCAUUCGUGAACAUAUCUUCACAAACRUCAAUGAAAGAGGCGUCGGCUCCAUGUUAUGAAUGAAGGUAGCUACGGAGCAGUGUUCAUCGCCAAAGACAACUGGUGUCGAGAGCUUUCUGGGUGAUAAGAGUUCUGCCAUCAGCAUGUGCGUGGCAUAUGUAGAAGGCUACCGGUAGUAGAGAAGUUUUCUUCUGAUGCAACAGACAUGCCAUCCCUCACCAUCUGCUCUGUCGAGGGUUGUGGCUACCAUCUUCACCCGGAUAGCACGCCCGGUCAUUAUAGCCGUAUUUGCGGCAACUUUCAGUGUACAUUCAGUGAUUAUGACCGGGCGUUCUAUUCGGGUGAAGGCGGUAGGGGAAGUUAUCAAUUUACUGCUAAUAAAUAAAUUAUUGCCUG